UCAGAGCGCGCCGGUUGUUUGUGUGACUACUAAAUAGUAAAAUUAGUUUGAUUAGAUAAAUAUAUUAAAGGAUUGUUGUACACACACAAUGGCGCUCCGAAGUUCUAAGCUAGUGAGAACCCUCAACGAAUUGUGCAAGAGCUCGAAAUACACUAUGGUCAUUAGAAACACUAGUCUGUGGACUCCGGAAGGUGUGAUCAAGUCUCCAUACAAGGAUGUGGUGGUACCAGAUUGUACGCUGCCGGAAUACAUGUGGAAAAACCUGGAGAAGUGGGCGCAGAAGCCUGCUUUGGUAUGUGCCCUCACUGGCAAGACUUACACCUUCGAACAAGCACACAGAACUUCCCGCAACUUUGCCGCGAACCUGCGCAAGAAAUUCAAAAUAAAAGAUGGUGACACUGUCAUCAUCAUGCUGCCGAACCUUCCAGAAUAUCCGAUCGUCACCUUAGGAGUUCUCCAAGCCGGUGGAGUAGUCAGCACUAUAAACCCAAUCUAUACAGCCCAUGAAGUUCAACGACAGCUAAUAAUGUCUGAAGCAAAACUAAUAAUAACGUUACCACAGAUAACUAAUGUUAUCAAUGAAGCUUUGAAAUUAGCUAAGCUAGACCUCCCAGUCAUAGCUGUAAAAGGAAACGAUGCCUUGCCUGAAGGCGUAGCUAACUUCUUUGAAUUGAUAGAAGAUACUGAUACGUCGUGUCUUAAAGAUGUAAGAAGGACCAACACGGAUGUCUGCUUUCUACCAUACUCUAGUGGAACGACUGGAUUGCCUAAGGGAGUUGAGUUAACUCAUCAAAGUCUUCUUGCUAAUUGUGAACAAAUGAAUGAACCUAUGAUCAAGGUUCACAAUGAGACGACAGCCUCAUACCAAGAUUCCAUAUUAGCUGUGUUACCAUUCUUCCAUAUUUACGCUGCAACUGUUCUAAUGUUCCACAAAAUGGCUCAUGGGAUAAAAAUUGUGGCACUACCGAAGUUUCAGCCAGACACUUACCUAGAUGUUCUAGAAAAACAUCGAAUUAAUGUUUUGUUUGCCGCUCCACCUCUAAUUAUAUUAAUGGGAAACCAUCCUGCUGCUACCUCAGAAAAGUUACAAUAUUUAGACACUAUAGUGAACGGAGCCGCUCCUCUAUCAAAGGCUGACGCUGAAAGGUUAUUAGGAAGAAUAAAGCAAGAAGUAAGAUUCAGUCAAGGAUACGGUCUGACAGAAACCUCUCCAGUAGUCUCAAUGUCUGAUAAAUAUUCUAAGCGUUAUGACUUAGUUGGACACGCGUUUCCAAAUACAGAGCUUAAAAUAGUCGACGGAGAUAUGAAAGCUUUAGGACCUAAUGAGACUGGUGAACUAUUAGUAAGAGGACCUCAAGUGAUGAAAGGAUACAAAGACAACCCAAAGGCAAAUGCCGAAACCCUUAUAGGUGAUGGAUGGUUUAGAACCGGCGACAUGGGAAUUGUAAACGAAGAAGGUGUUUUGAAAAUCGCCGAUAGGCUCAAAGAGCUCAUAAAGGUGAAGGGAUUCCAAGUUCCACCAGCGGAAUUGGAGGCUGUAUUGAGGGAGCAUCCAGCAGUAGCUGAUGCUGCAGUCAUAGGAGUACCACAUCCAACUAAAGGGGAGAGUCCCAAAGCAUUUAUCUGUAUGAAAUCAGGACAAAAUGAAGAUGUCAAAAACAUAGCUAAGUUCGUUGAAGAAAGAGUGGCGCCGUACAAAAAAGUGGAUGACAUAGUCGUUCUUGAUGCUAUUCCUAAAUCUGCCGCAGGGAAAAUUUUAAGGAUAGAAUUAAGAAAGAAGUAUUGUUAAUUUAUUAUAAGCAUGACUGAUUUAACCUAGUUUACAAAAAAUAUACAAAAAGCUUGGCUGGAGCACUGCCGUGCUCCCAGACAUUACAUUGAUGAUAAUUCGCUGAGUAACAAAAAAUAUUUUAUGCUUGUAAGUCAAAUAAUUUA